UGAGCUGCAUCGCAGAAGAGAAUUGUAACUUUGUGUGCGGAAAAAAUGAUGAUUUUGUGCUCCCAGCGGCCCAUGGCGUGCGUGAGCUGGUAGUGCGGUGUACGGGAAACAGUGGCGAGUGGAUCAGUGUGGCGGUGGACAGUGUCCAGGUGGUGUGGGAGUGAGAUUCUCAGAGUGGUCUGAUCCCGUCUCGGUGGCUGUUGUCGCCCCAGAGCAAGAUGGCGGCCAGUCGGACCCGCAUGCAGCAGAAGAACAUUUCGUCGAUUCUGUCGAAGCUGCACGGCGCCUUCUCCGAGGCGUGCGGCCCGCAGAAGCUGUCCACGGACAAGAAGACGCUGGACAAGACGUGGAAGCUCAUGGACAAGGUGGUAAAGCUGUGCCAGCAGUCAAAGAUGAACCUGAAGAACAGUCCGCCCUUCAUCCUCGACAUCCUGCCGGAUACGUAUCAGCGUCUCCGGCUCAUCUACUCCAAGUACGAGGACCAGAUGCACGUCCUCCACUCCAAUGAGCACUUCAACGUCUUCAUCAACAACCUGAUGAGGAAGUGCAAGCAGGCUAUCAAGUUGUUUAAGGAGGGCAAGGAGAAGAUGUUCGACGAGAACUCCCACUACAGACGGAACCUCACCAAGCUCAGCCUCGUCUUCUCUCACAUGCUGAGCGAGCUGAAAGCCAUCUUCCCCAGCGGUCUGUUCGCCGGCGACCAGUUCCGGAUCACCAAAGCGGACGCCGCGGACUUCUGGAAGAGCAACUUCGGAAACAGUACUCUAGUCCCAUGGAAAGUGUUUCGGCAGGAACUCUCCAAAAUUCAUCCGAUUUCUUCAGGCCUAGAGGCAAUGGCACUUAAAACAACGAUAGAUCUAACGUGCAAUGACUACAUAUCGAAUUUCGAGUUUGAUGUUUUCACGAGACUGUUUCAACCGUGGAGUACACUGUUGAGAAAUUGGCAAAUUUUGGCUGUUACUCAUCCCGGCUAUGUUGCAUUUCUAACAUAUGACGAGGUGAAGGCACGACUACAAAAGUAUAUUCACAAAGCGGGAAGUUAUGUAUUUAGGUUAUCGUGUACUCGAUUGGGCCAGUGGGCGAUAGGUUAUGUGACGGCGGAAGGUGAAAUUCUUCAAACUAUACCUCAGAAUAAAUCCCUCUGUCAGGCACUUUUGGAUGGGCACAGAGAGGGAUUCUACUUGUAUCCAGAUGGACGACUCACAAAUCCGGACUUAUCCUUCGCUGUGCAGAGUCCAAUGGAGGAUCAUAUAACUGUGACACAAGAACAAUAUGAACUUUAUUGUGAAAUGGGAAGCACAUUUCAACUGUGCAAAAUCUGUGCGGAGAAUGACAAGGACAUUCGCAUAGAGCCGUGCGGGCACUUGCUCUGCACGCCGUGCUUGAAUGCGUGGCAAGUAGACUCGGAGGGGCAGGGAUGUCCAUUCUGUCGGGCGGAAAUUAAGGGCACGGAGCAGAUUGUUGUGGAUGCCUUUGAUCCGCGGAAGCAGCACAAUAGGAAUUCGGCAAAUGGGAAGCAACAGAACAUCGAUGAUGACGACACUGAGGAUUUGGGGGACUUUAACAUCGCCACGUCGUCACUGCAUGCACUCAGCAAUAGUUUGUCGCGCACAGAGAAGCAGAGUCCGCACUCGUCGCCGCGGAUGCCGCGGAAGAGCACAACCUCCUCCUCGUCGUCGUGCUCCUCGGCCUCUUCGGCCACCAGCACGCAGCAUCACUUUGAUCUGUAUGCGGGGCAACCGAGUCACUCAGGUGUGAACGGCAGUCCGGGCGUGAAUGGCGUGGCGUGCACCAGCAAGUCUAGUCGCAGUGGGAGUAGUGGAUCACUGCAAGCGCACAAUCCCAAUAGGAUGAGCGCUCCGACGAUCUCCAGCGCCGCCAUGGCGCCGGUCGGCAAGAUCCUGCACAAAGCACUGUCCUCAGAUCCGAGUGCGGCACUAGUGGAGGCUGCGCCGCCACUGCCGCCCCGAAAAUCCUCCCCGGGCAUUGAUCAGGUGUCCACGAGAAAGUCCCCGGCGGCAUCUAGUCUCAUCCAGUUGUCGCCUGACACGCCGACGGCCAGCACUUCGGCCGCUGCGGAGACCAUCACGAGCUGCUGUGAUCUGGAAGUGCCGCGAACGUGUGCCCCGCCAGUUCCCAGGCACCAAGCCAAUCCCGUGGACACGCUGGCGGAAGACCUGACGAUGCACGUGACGGUGCAAAAGGAGGAGGAUGUUCCCGAGGAUGAGGGUGUAAUUGUGGGUCCGGCAGAAACCAUCUCAGGUAUCAUUGACACUCGUCCGCUGGAGGCCAGAAAGCCCAUCUCCGUGCCGCCGGAUCGGGGGAACAACCUCUAUCAGCUGAAGACGACACAAAAUCACACGCGACAUCAGUCCCUGCCUAUGAACACGACCACGAAGAGUCCCACGCCAGCCAAGUCCGUCACGAUGGCUCAGCUGUGUCAGCCCAGGACCGCCGUGACGACGACAGCGGCCGGCGGCGCGGAGUCUCAGCGCCAGGCGAUCCUCUAUGAAAAUGUGACAAUCAGCAAAGACUGCAAUGUGCCAUAUGAGAACAUCAACCUCGAGUAUAUUGCGCGAUUGGUGAACGAGGGCUACUCCAAAGAGAACGCAAUAACCGCCCUGGGCAUCUCGCGGAACAACAUCGAGAUGGCAUGCGACAUCCUCCAUGAGUUUGUGGCCAAGAGCGGUGUGUGAAGCUCUUGUGUGGGGCAUAAGGCAGCUGUCGCGUGAGCUCUUCUCACGGCAAACAAUAUAAAAGGUAUUCACUUGAGACUUACGAGGCAGGAGAGGAUUUGCGCUAUACAGGAAUUAUAUACUCACUUUCAUAACUCUACUUCAAAGAAAAAUGUGGACCGAUGGCAGGAUGCAACAAAGCAAUAGACGAUAUACUUAAAGACUUUUCGAUGACAUUUAGUGGGAGAUAUUCCUCUAUGUAAGGAUUUGCUUAUUUCUGAUGAUUUCCAAGGAGGCCGAGAGGAAUGCAUCAGAAGUUGUGACUCAUGGAUACAAAGGACAGACUCAUUUCUGGCAUUGAAAUAGCAAAAUGAUAUCUGAAGAGGUUUAUUUUGAAUACAAAUUAAAGGCAAAAUUCUAGACAAUAUUAGUCGGUUGAGAAAAACACUCUAUUCUUCUCUUAACACAUGAAAAAUCGAAUGUCUCGUCCCUUGAGAUGCUUCGCCCACUCGUGUCUAUUCCAAGCAAGGACAGACACUGAAAAUGUGAGUAAAAAGUCUCAAGCCUGCGAAAUUUCCUUGCGUGUUGAUCUUAAAACCAACAAUGCAGCAAAUUAACCAGCAUUUUGGCUAAUUCAGCCCCACUUAGUCAUGGAAAAGGGCACAAUCCAAUCAGUUAUCAGAAUUGAGAAGGAAAUUGCUUUUUCUCCCCUCAAAAACCUCAUGUCUGAUCAUGAGAUUUAACUGGACUCUGAGUAUUAAACAUGAAUCUAUUGGAAGUUCCUCUUCAUGAAAUGAAUAUUAAGCACCAGAAAGUUUCAUGGAUGAACUACACUGGGAGAAUCCAUGAGUCUUCCGUUGCCUGAUGAAUUCCUCUUCCUCGAACCAAAGUAUCCUCUUGGGUGAAUUCUGCAAGCACUCUUCUCUCGCAUGUUUGCGCUGGAGACUCGAUGAAUGUGUGCGACAAGAGGGGCAAAAGUACAUAUCACAACAUAAUAUUUGCACGUAAAAAUUCUCUGUUUUAUUGCCGAAUUGCUGAACAAUGAAGAUGAUAGUCUGACGAAGGGAUACGCAAAGUCAGGGAAAUACGUAACAAGAGAUACUGAAGGAGUGUGUUGAAUAUAGAAUGCAAACAAUAUUUAAUGAUAUUGCGAAGGAGUGAAGUCAAACUUGGUGAUUAAUUUAGGCUGAAUGGAAGUUUUACACAACACAAAACUCACUUCUCACCCACUCAACUUUCGACCGUAGAGACAACACAUUUGUGGCUCCGAAAAAGUUCAUGGGAAAGUUGCAACUCUGCCCUCGAGGGUGGGAAAUUGGGUGUGUUGGGAGGAAAAUGCGAUGAUGAUACGCAGAAACUUGGAGUUUUUUGAUAGUCAAAGUGGAUUCUUUCUUCUUUUCUAUAAUCACUCUAAUGAUAAAUAUUUAGGAGGUAUAAAAUGAAUGGGCGGAGUGGAUAAAAUUGUAUAUUUUUUUACGCAGAAAAUAAAACAACAAAUCACGCAACUUUUCAUUUUGCCCAUCAUCGACCGCGCGUUGAUGAUGGUGAUUUUGUCAAGGUGAAAUUAAGAGAAAAAAAACGGCAAGAAGGGAAAGUUCGCAUGGGAGACUAUAUAUUGAAUAGCCAAGGUAUAUAGAGAAUGCAGAGGAGCAAUUGAGAACAAAAGAGAAAUUAUAUUUAUACUCUUAUAUAGGAUUUUUCACAAUAUAAUGUUAAAAUUCAUUUUCAGAGUUUUGAUGUUCAUUUACACUGGAAGUUUGGGGAGGAAAAAAAGGAACUAGAGAUAUGAGGCAUAGAUGCAAAGAUUUCUUUUCAUUCUUAGAUAGAUUUCUAAUUUAUCUCGUCUGUAUAUUUUGCAAUUUAGUCGUUUGUACAUUUUUCCCCGCGGGGAGCGCGAGAUAAAUCAAUUUGUAUAAUUUAUUGCGAUGCAACAGAUGGGGAGAGAAUAGCAGUAAUCAAGUCCUUAAGAUUAUAAUUCACAGAAAUAAUUAUUGAAAUUGUCCUAAGAAUCUUAUUAGAUAUUUCAAUCAGGAAGUUCAUUAGACAUUAAGUGAGCGAAGAGAAGGACGAAAAGAGAGAGAGAGAGAGACAGAGAGAAUGAUGUAUAAUAUUAAUGAAGCUUAAUAAAUUAUUAGAU